AGACAGCAGUUAUGGGAGACAGUGGUGGGAGUUCGGAGGAGUGAGGCAAUCUGCAGCAAACAGUUUAGAGUCCACCGAAAGUGAUAAAAAUGUAUCAGACGCCACAAUCUGCUGGGUGUAAUUACACUAGUACACUGCUGAGUAUCGGUUGGGUCAUUUGGAUAGAGUGGCGGCAGUGUGUGGUUUUCGUCUGGUGUCCCUGUAAAAAAGGAAGAGGAAACUGGUUGACAGAGAAAGGACAAGCGCUUGCAGAAUGGCAGGAACAGACUGGACUUAUAGUCGAGCUACAAUGCAUGCAUGGGAGUCCCCAGAUUAUGAACAGUCACUUCCUGUAUCUGAGAAAUCAAAUCCUCUGACACGUGACAUUGGCCACGCUUCAGCCAAUCAUAUUGUGAGGAUGUUACAAGUCUGUGACGCCCAGAUGUUUGAAGAACAGGCAGUAGCUACCUACGAGAGGCUUUUGAGUGAACGAGUGGUGGAAACAUUAAUGACUGUUGCUAAAAGGGUGGAGCUCAUUCUCAAGGAUCCUCGGGACAGCCUUGUUGUACUGAGUGGUUGUGGGACUUCCGGUCGACUGGCUUUCCUGAUUACGUCAGGUUUCAACAAAGCCCUGAGGGAGUUGAACCAGAGUUCAGUGUAUCAGUACAUCAUAGCAGGGGGAGACAGAGCUCUGCUGUCCUCCCAAGAAGCCCCUGAAGAUGACCCCAAAGUGGGCAUGCUCAGUCUGAAGAAGGUCUGUGAGGGGAAAAAACAAGUCUUAUUCAUCGGUAUUUCCUGUGGAUUAUCUGCUCCUUUUGUGGCAGGCCAGCUUGACUUCUGCAUGCAACAUCCUGAGGUCUACACUCCUGUAUUGGUUGGCUUCAAUCCCUCUCAUCAGGCGAGGGAUGAUGCCAUACCAGGCUGCACAUUCACCUUCCUCAAUGUGGUUCAGAGAAUGGAGGAGCUUUCCAAAAGCCAAAAGGAAUUCCUUAUCAACCCAGCAGUUGGGCCAGAAGCCAUCAGUGGCUCUUCAAGGAUGAAAGGAGGCAGUGCCACAAAGAUUCUCCUGGAGGUUGUCCUCUCUGCUGCUCAUGCUGCUGCAUUUGCAAACACACCCAUUACUUACAAGGGCAUCCGAGAGAGCAUGGAAGCCUACAAGCAAACUCUGGAUAUCACUUACUCUCAGAUUGAGGGGAUGACCACUCUGUUGGAAGCAGCAGGACGGAGUUUGCGACACAACAGGCGUGUGUGUUACCUGGGGUGGGGCUCCGUGGCUAUUCUGGGUCUCAUUGAUGCCAGCGAGUGUAACCCCACGUUUGGAGCAGACUUUGAAGAUGUCCGAGGCUUCAUCAGUGGAGGAUACAGCGAGCUGAGCAACAAUGAAGGCCCUCUGACUUCACUGGGUCCUGACUUUUGCAUAUCACAUGAGGAUUUUUUGCACCAAGUUCUGCCGUCUCUCAAUGAUCAGGACUUUAUUCUGCUUGUCUACACACACUCUGACAAUGUCAGCGACGUGGCGAAGUUGGCGUGCAGAGUGAGAGAAAGGAGCUCAAACAUGCAUGCUGUGUAUCAUCAGGUUGAUGGAGACUCUGCAGCUGCUGCACAACAAGAUGACAUCAAUAAGCUGUGUUCAUCCUCACUUAAAAUCCCUUGGCUGUCCUCACCCUCUUCAGGGAGGUUGCUGCACAUGCAGUGGGAGCUGUCCACUAAGUUGGUGCUGAAUGCCGUGAGUACGGGAGCACACAUCUUAAAGGGGAAGAUCUACCAGAAUCACAUGAUCGAUGUGCAGGUCACCAACAGCAAACUCUAUCGCAGAGCCACAAGAUUACUGCAGAAGCUGUCUGGUAGUCCUGAAUCUCAGUGUGAAGAAGCUCUUUUGAGAGCGGUCUACCAAACAGACAAACUGACAGAGGACAUCACAUCCUCUGACAUUGGCACUCACACACAAACUGCCAGAAACAGAACCAAGGUGGUGCCUCUUGCUCUGGUUUGUUUGCUGACUGGUUUCUCACUACAGGAGGCAGUGGCUCAUUUGGAGCAACAGCCAAUUGUAAGGGAGGCUGUUGUGGCUCACCUGUGGUCAAUAAAAUGAUAAAUAAGAUAGUUUUAUUGGA